UAAGGGUGAAAAGAGUCACAAAGCAAAAUUUAAAAAACCUCGUUCAAGGACAAGUCUGAUCUCUAACCUUCGGUCUGAUCCGUCACCAGUCUCUUGCUAAUUAAAACCGAAGCAAUAGAACAAUUAGCGGCUCGUUAACGGAACCGACGCCUCGACGAACUGAACGUUUUUCGUUCAGAAAGAAGCGAACCUCGCGGAACCGUGAGUCUAGACUGAGCAAAUUGUCCCUUGUCGCGUGAAUCACAAUGCCUGGCGGUGUCGUAUUUUUAGUUUGCAUACCUACAUUCAGCUACGAGCACGAGCUGAUCUUUGGCGUACCUUUGAAGCGAACGAAGAAGACUGAAAAGCCAGGGAAGUUAGUGGUUGGGCCAAAAGUCGACGUGAGGCUCAGGCAAACGCGAUCGAGGACUCAGUUGUUGAGGCUGAACGACGACGACCACGACUUGGAUGAUCUCGACAUCGAGGAUGACUUGGUACCUGACAGACGGUACCUACGAGGUCGAGGACGCGGCAUUUCCGGUCAACGCGACAGAGACCCCGUUUUCGUGUCGAUGGAAACGGUCUUAGAGGAGUUGCUAAGGAAGCUGAAAGUGGAACACGUUGUCUGGUGUAGAGACAAGGAAAACAUGUAUUACGAGGUGAUAUUUCCUGUACCAGCUGGAGAGCCAUGCGAGAAUUGCCUCCACUGUCUCACGGAAAUGGGAAUCGGUGUGAAAAUGAACUCCAUCGUAAGCGUAAUUCCAACCCAGUGCACGUAUAGCGGUAUGUGCGGCGUCGGUGCUACACCCAUCAAGGAUGAUUUAGCGAGAAGACAAAAGGAGUCCGAGGAGAGAAAGAACGCCUGGAAGGCGUUCGUGGAAUCCAUACGUUCGAAGCUGACGGUGAAACAGGUCGUCGAUGGCGUCCGCAGCGGCGGUGAUCUCACGUUCGAUUACGUGCUGCUGGUAUUAACCGCGGAUUGCCUGGCAGCUCUAGGAUUGAUCGAAAAUAGCGCGACCAACGUCGUAGCUGCCAUGUUGGUGUCUCCGUUGAUGGGCCCAGUGAUGUCGUUAACGUUUGGAACCAUCAUAGCCGACAGAAAUCUCCAGUUCAUCGGCCUAAAAAGUCUGUUACUCGGCAUAUUCGUCUCGAUACUUUUCGGCUUCAUUUUCGGUCUAAUUUUGGGCACCACGGAAAUGCCAUGGGGUUACAACGACUGGCCGACCGAUGAAAUGAAGGGCAGGUGCGUGCCGAGGAUAAAUGUAGAGAGAAGGAGAAGGGAGAUGGGUAAAGAUUCCCGCGAGGUAAUAGAUAUUUUCUUCAGAGGAAAUUACAGAUCUCUCUGGAUGGGCGUAUUAUGGGCUUUGCCGUCAGGCACGGGUGUAGCCGUGGCUUUGCUUCAAGGAAGCAACGGUCCCCUGAUCGGAGUCGCAAUAUCGGCCUCAUUGCUACCACCAGUGGUUAACUGCGGUUUAUUCUGGGCACUCGGAUGUAUAUGGUUAAUCUAUCGACCGAUUAAAAUGCCGCACAUGAAAGGAGAAUCGUACACAGACUACAACACCUCGUACGUCUAUGUGUACACCGAUUACCUGCCGGUUGAAUUCUUCUGCAACGGGAUAAUCAGCGCGUGCCUGACCUUUGUUAACGUUAUGUGCAUCUUCAUCACGGCGAUCAUUGUGUUGAAGAUUAAAGAAGUGGCUGCGCCGUACACAUCAACACCGGAACUACGUCGCUUUUGGGAACACGAUAUUCGCUUGGUCCGUGAUAAGAAUAUUUCACGAGAUAACAGCUCCCUGGAUUCGAGCUUCUACGACGGAUUGAGCAAGACAAAACAACGAGUGCUGGAACAAACGUUGAACGAGGCAGUGCGCGAAGCCGUAGAUGACGAUACAUUCCGCAAGGUGCAAAGAUCGAGUUACGGUCAACGCGGUCCAGAGGAGUUUACAUCAAAGCUCGGACUGUACGCUACCAGCGGAAUAAAUAACGUUAAAAAUACUGAUCAGAAGCAAGACACACCAGUGUCCAGUGGUUUUAAUCCACCGGAAGGUUUGGGUAACACUGGCCACACGAGCGAAGACUUGGCCGCGCUUGAUCGAAUGAUCACGUAUCUUCUGGGACAAUCGAGUAACGCCAGCUCUGGCCAUUUGGAUUCUUGGCGCCGUUCGCGCAGGGCAAGUGCACAAGGUUACAGGCAAUUGCGCAGCACGGGUACCACUGCGGAAGGAGGCUUGGUUGGCUCUAACAUCGACACAACAUCGCUCUAAUCGUGCAAUUAAGUAGAUUGACAAGUUGAAAUUUGCACGGCGCAGGGUGGAAGUCAAUAGAAACGCCGCGCGCAUUUCCCAGUGUAACACAAAUUUUAUUAAAGAUAUAUGAGAUUACUGUAUUUGCAUUAACAGAUUAAAUGGUUUCGAGAAUCGAAA